AUGGAAACUAAAAGUCAUCAACAUCCCUCGCCAACUCCUCCACAUAAUCCCGUCGAAUCGUUGUACUUAGGAAGCUUUGUCACUCUGAUUUCAAACCACGAUCUACGUUACGAAGGCAUUCUCUAUCAUCUCAAUCUUCAAGAUUCGACUUUAGGUCUCCAAAACGUGAUAUGUUAUGGCCCAGAGGGAAGGAACAAAAAGGAGUUUCAAAAUUAUCCCUCUAACAAAGUUUACGAUUACAUUCUUUUCAGCGGAGCUGACAUUAAGGAAAUUAUAGUUAAGCCUCCUCCGAGCUUUACGGGUUGUGGUUAUUGUUUAGCAAGAGAAACUGCAUGUAGUAAAUGUUGCCAUGCUACAAAACCACCACUCCCUAUGAUUGUCUCAUCGAACAAUCGAAACGGUGCUAAGAUACAUCAGAAACUUCCGUUGAUAUCUAGUGAAAACAUCAUGAAACCGCAAGCUAUGAUGAUAGAUUCUAAUGCUGUCUCAGUUAUGGGAUCAGUCAAUGAUGGAGUUCGCAUUGCUUCUCAACCACAGUUUCCCGGUUCAUCAAACUUCUAUAACCCUUAUGUUUACCAGUCUAUGUCUAUGCCUUAUAACGUACUUAAUCAAGCUCCAAUGAACGCUGCGACAUCGCCGUAUUUGCCUCAUCACUCAUCUGCCUUCGAGCUGACGUUUGCUGCAACUGAUGAUCAAAGCUUUUUCACCACGUUUCCGCCUGCUCCACAGAACUAUAAAGGAAUUAAGUUUGAUACUAGGAACUUCAAACAGUACAACAUAUGGGGUCCGACUCCUCACAGAAACAAGAAAGAAGAUAUUUCAAAGCCUGCUUAUAAUAUUGACGAUCCUUCUUACAUGAUUUCGCGCAAUCCGUUUGAGCCUAUUGCGAGACCUGUGAAGCAUACCGAGUUCAACUAUGGUUGA